AAAACCAAACCCGAAUGGACACCCCUAUCAAGAAUAUAGUAUUCCUCUCCCAAUAUCUACACGUGUAAAUAUCUUGUCGUUUCCCAGGCCUUAAAUUCAGAUUCUGUGGUAUUAAUGGGCCAGGCUUUAAAUACGAAGAUUGGGCUUUCCCGACUGCGGCUAUUGGUCCCAAGACGGGGCUAAUUAAAGCGGGCCAUGAGCCCAAAGGAGGGGGAGAAAUCGAAAUCGGAAUCAGAGAACACGGAAGUGCGAGGAGUUCUCCGACGACUACUACUCUUUCAUUUCGUCUUCUGCUUCUCAGCUGUUCAUCAAAUCCCAUUUCUCCAGCUAGCUCCGACCGAAUUAAGCGAACGAUCGGCCGUCGGUAGUUAUAAUGAGCACGGCGACGCACUCGCUCGCGUUCCGGGUGAUGCGCCUUUGCCGGCCUUCUCUCCACGUAGACACCCCUCUCCGCAUCGAUCCGGCCGAUCUCCUCGUCGGCGAGGACAUUUUCGACGAUCCGGCCGCCGCCUCUCAGCUUCCUCCCCUCCUCGACAGCCUCGUACCGAACUCCAAGGAUUCCGCCGAUCUCAGCUAUGGGAACAGAUUUCUGCUUAGCCACCCCUUCGAUUCCUUCGGCCACUCUGGCCUCCUCGUCCUUCCUCAAGCCUUCGGGGCGAUAUAUUUGGGGGAGACGUUCUGCAGCUACAUAAGCAUCAAUAAUAGUUCUAGCUCCGAAGCUAGGGAUGUGAUCAUUAAGGCAGAAAUCCAAACGGAGAGGCAAAGGAUCUUGUUGCUAGAUACUUCUAAGACGCCGGUGGAAUCAAUCCGUGCUAGUGGUCGUUAUGACUUCAUUGUGGAGCACGAUGUGAAGGAACUUGGACCUCAUACGUUGGUGUGCACUGCCUUGUAUAGUGAUGGUGAUGGUGAACGCAAGUAUCUACCACAGUACUUCAAAUUUAUCGUUGCCAAUCCACUUUCGGUUAGGACGAAGGUGCGCAUUGUCAAGGAAAAUACAUAUCUAGAGGCAUGCAUUGAGAAUCACACAAAAGCUAACCUUUACAUGGACCAAGUUGAGUUUGAACCAGCUCAGCACUGGACAGCAAAAGUACUAAAAGCUGAAGAAGAGUUGACUGGCAAUGAUACAGCGUCGAGGACAGUAUUAAAACCACCUGUGCUCAUAAGAUCUGGUGGAGGAAUCCACAACUAUCUGUACCACUUAAAAGUAGCUUCACAAGACCCCAUAAGUGGUAAUGUUCUCGGUAAGCUUCAGAUUACAUGGCGAACCAAUUUAGGGGAACCGGGUCGCCUGCAGACACAGCAAAUUCUUGGCAAUCCUGUCACGCCCAAGGAGAUUGAGUUGCGAAUCCUGGAGAUUCCAUCUGUUAUAAACUUGGAUAGACCUUUCUCGGUACAUCUGAAUCUAGCAAAUCAGACAGAGAGGGCAUUAGGCCCAUUUGAAGUAUGGCUUUCACAGAGUAGUCCAUUAGGCGAGAAGGCUGUCAUGAUUAAUGGCCUUCAGAAAAUGGACUUACCGAAGUUGGAGGCAUACGCAACCACAGAUUUCCACUUGAAUCUGAUUGCUACAAAACUUGGGGUCCAGAGAAUUACAGGCAUCACAGUGUUAAACAAGGCCGACAAGACCGCUUAUGAUCCGUUACCUGAUUUUGAGAUUUUUGUGGAUGUUGAUUGAUUGAUUCAGUCAGGCUCAGAUCCAAGUUCAGCUUGCAGAUACCCACUCAGUACCGCCCUUGUCCUUCUGUGAUAUAAGACUGGUAUAGUUUUAUAAUGUCCAGUUGAUCCAUUGUUUCUGAGAAAUCCUUCUCGUGCUGGCACUGACCUGUCGUAGACAGCUUCACACUCCAUUACUCUGUUGAUUCGCAAUGGGAAUUUCGUAGGGAAGAGCCGGUAAAGUGCCUGUGUCUGUAGAUGUUAGUUUCAUAACUCGUGCACAAUCGUUUACUUUCUUAGGUAUUGUAGUUCAUUCCUAAGUUUGUAGAAGCCAUUACUUUGAGUGAAUUUCAUGUGUAACUGUUUUGUUUUCAAGUUCGGUGCAAGUGAGGGGUGAAUCGGGUAUUCGGAUUUCGGUUUCGAGAGAGAUGCUGCAGGCGAACAAAGAACUUUAGCUGUUACGGUGGAUGAUGAAUCAUGUCUCCAGUUGGGACAUGGAGCACAACAUUUCACUGCCAGCCUGAACAUUUCAAUGCUAGCCCAUCUUAAACGAAGAGUUCAUUAUGUGGCUAGCCAUUUGCGCAAUCGUCUGUGAAUAUGUUAUACGUAUUACUGCAUUCGUCGAUGAAUAUAUACUAUAGUUACUACUGCAUCCCGAGUCUAAAAUGGCGAAACGUGCAGGAAAGCGAUGCUCAAAGUAAUGAAAGUUGAAUCAUUCAAAUAGAACCAUAAACCAUAU